AUGUUCGCUGCUCUUUGCAACCGACCAGAUCCAAAUUUGGGUAGUGUGGUAGCUGGUCAAUUGUACUCGCCUUCCGAGACCUGGCCAAUAACAGCUAUGGUUGUCUGGACCACUAGAUCUGACUGGCCAAUGGACUCUUGUAGUUCAAUUUUAUCGAUAAAAUCAGAGUCUACAAACUGCAAUAAUCCAAUUCUGGUUGCAUCUGCCUUAGGAAAUGGUCGUAUUAGUCUCCACUUGUUUGAUCCAUCCAAAUCAACAUCCUCAUCUACGGAUACCAGCAAACUUUGUCAUACCAUUUUGCAAGUUGAUGCUCAUGCAAGAAGGAUUACAGGACUAGAUUGGGCCCAAAUUGACUCCAGCCUUCCUGUUGAAUCUUCGGAACAAACAUUUGCAAUGUCUACAGGGCGUACCCCGGUGACUAUGUCCAAGCCUAAAGCCUGGAUUCUGGCGUCCGUCUCAGAAGAUUCAAUAUUGCGUGUUUGGAGAGUGGGAAGCCGACAAGAUGAACUCAAAUUGCGACCACAUUUAUUGGAUAAGUACCCUUUUGAGGUAAGGACAUGCCUAUUUUAA